CGUCCGACCGCUUUGUGGGCCGGCGGUCCAUUCGUUCGUGCCACGUCCACCUAAGCAGCUCGCCUCUUUUCCCCUCGUCCUUUCUCUUCAAGCUCUACAACCUCUCGCAAAAAAAGAAAAAGGAAAAGGAAAAGCCUGGAAUUAAUCAUCGACAGGUUGUAUCUGAUAAGAUUGGUCGGAGAUGGCGGCGUGCCGGGGUUUCUUCGAGUGCCUGCUCAGGCUGCUCAACUUUGUCCUCACCGUCGCCGGCCUCGCCAUGGUCGGGUACGGGAUCUACCUGCUCGUGGAGUGGAUGAGGAUCUCAGGCGGCGGGGCACCGCCGUCUCCCGCGCCGCCGGCUGACCUGCUUCUGUUCGGCCGCCCGAUGCUCACCGUCGUUGGCCUCGCAGAUGGCGGCGGUUUCUUCGAUAAACUACCCAAAGCAUGGUUCAUCUAUUUGUUCAUUGGUGUAGGCGCUGUUGUCUUCAUCGUCUCUCUGUUUGGCUGCAUUGGUGCAGGGACAAGAAAUACUUGUUGCUUGUGUUGCUAUUCUUUUUUGAUCAUAUUGUUGAUCCUUGUUGAGGCUGGAGCAGCUGCAUUCAUAUUUUUCGACCAUAGCUGGAAAGAUGUAAUUCCAGUGGAUUAUACACGGAACUUUGAUGCCAUGUAUGACUUUCUGGAGGAAAACUGGGAGAUUGCAAGAUGGGUUGCUCUUGGUGUUGUUGUUUUUGAGGUAUUGCUUUUCUUGUUAGCUGUGGUUGUCCGGGCAUUGAACAAACCUGCUGAGUAUGACAGUGAUGAUGAAAUCAUUGGAACUGCCCGAAGCACUAGCAUCCGCCAGCCUCUUAUCCAUUCCCAGAAUGCUCCUGCUACUGGUGUUCCUGUCCCAACACUUGAUCAGCGUGCUAGCAGAAACGAUGCAUGGAGCCAAAGGAUGCGAGAGAAGUAUGGUCUGGACACGAGCCAAUUCACCUACAAUCCAUCCGAUUCUGCAAGAUAUCAGCAAAAUGGGGCGCCUCCCGCUGAAGAAAGGAACCGUUGCACCAUAUUGUAGAAAAUCCUUUGCAACAUUGUCCAAAUUGAUGGUUUUCUUUGAACAGGCUAUGUCAGCUUGGGCAGUUUGGCUGCACCGUGUUGUUCAGAGUGGAGUGGACUAUGGAUAGAGGGUUGUGUUCUCAAAAAAUACUCUAUGCACCUGUAAUUUUUGUGUGAAUGAGGAUUGACCAUCUACAUGUGAUCUUUUUUUUACAUUCCAUUUUACUUUCUCCCAUCUAACUUGUAUUCAGUAUCUAGCAGCUCCUGUUAGUUUCGAUAUUGCAGCCAUAUUUAUACUACAGUUUGUAUUUGCUGCGAAGAUCGCUUAUGGAUUAUGUCUCCAUGAUGUUUGAAAUGGGGUUCCGA